AUGUCGUCCGCCACUCCAACCCCAUCACCGCGGCCAAGCUGGCUCGAGACCACGCCUCGACGACCAGCCACUCGAGCAGCUCACAGCCGGGCCAGCAGCUAUUCUCAAGGCGGCGCAUCUACGCCUCGCGCUCCGGUAGAUUCGCCCCGAUACAACAGCUCCGGCCAGUAUGCCACGGUUGAUGUGAGUCCCAAACAUUUUUCGUCAUCGCGCGGGCCCUCCGGGUCGUCUCAAUUUCCUGCCUGGCGCGACCGCCGAUUCUCUCACACCUAUGUCCGGGCUGCAACUCCGUUUGGAGAAUCCGACGAGGACGAGAUAUUCGAGGCUUCGGGGCGUACAUAUGUGCUGCUUGCCGAGUCACGAGCAAAGGGUCGCAGGAACUCGCAUGUCUAUGAUUAUGAGGGGAUACGGUACACUAAUCUCGACGACUACCCACAGGGUACCGCAGCCUACUAUGCCGACUACCGUGACGCCUACGACUCUCCGCAGUCGCACAUCCCCGCCUCCCAUGUCCGUCCUCCGACCAGCCACGGCCACACUCGCCGUUCGUCAGCAGCGGCAAACGUCCCGCAGAGGCCAUCCACCGUUCGCCCUUCCGCACAGGCUUACCGCGCCAAAGCCGCCGCCGCCGCUGCUGCACCAUCACCGAAGGCUACCGAGGCCGAUGCUCGAAAGCACCGGAUUCCAACGGGCUAUUCCCUCAAGAACUGGGACCCGACAGAGGAGCCCAUUCUCCUUCUUGGCAGCGUCUUUGACGCCAACAGCCUUGGCAAGUGGAUCUACGACUGGACCGUCUACCGAGCCGGUGCCAACUCUCCCAUUGCCGACAUGGCAGGCGAACUCUGGCUUCUUCUGAUUCAGCUCUCCGGAAAGGUCAAGCGUGCAGAGGAUAUCAUUGGCCGUGUGCGAAGCGCCGAGAACCGAGAGAUUAUGAAUGAGUUCAUCGAGUCUGGUGAGCGUCUCACAGAUAAGCUCCGCUCGCUGCUCAAGGCAUGUGAGGCUCCCAUGCUCAAGGCUGCCAAGAAGAAGCAGUCAGGCCUGGGCAAGAACUCCGGUGUCGAGUUUGUCGACACCCUCUUUGGCCGUGACCGGGAGCUGAACAAGACGGAGAAGUUCAUGCAGAGCUUGAGAUUGUUCAGCGUGAGAUUCGAUGCCAACUGCGAGAGUAUUCUGGCAAACCCAUCUUCCUAA